AUGCCCGUUGUAGCUAUUGCAGGAGGCACUGGCAGUGUUGGCCGCUUCAUCGUUGAGGAGACCAUCGCAGAUGGCAAUUUUGAGGUCAUUAUCUUAAGUCAACCAUCACUGGAGAAAGAGCUCGGUUCUCGCAUCCUCGCUAUCGAUUACUCCAACCCCGAUUCCAUUGCGACGUUGCUCGAAGAAAACCACGUCGACGUCGUGAUUGCCGCGCUAAGUGGACAUACACCUCCCGAGCAAGAGCUUGGUCUCAUUCAAGCGGCCGCCAAGUCCAAAGCCACCAAGCGAUACAUCCCUAGUGUAUGGGCCAAGCUGUCCCUCUUUGAUUCACUGGAUAAUACUGACUUGGAGUGGACUGCGGUUGCGAAUGGCUUCUUUCUUGAUUACUGGGGUGCCCCGAAUCUCAAGACAUACUUAGAUCCGCUGACUAUAGCUCUGGACAUUCCGGCAAGAAAUUCUGCCAUUCCAGGCAAUCCAGAUCACCCAGCGAUCUUCACAUACAGCAAGGAUGUUGCUAGGUUUACAGCUAAGCUCUUAACACUGGAGAAGUGGGAUCCAGUAUCGUAUAUUAUCGGUGAUAGGCUUACGUGGAAGGAGUUUGUGAAGCUCGCUGAACAGGCUACUGGCGAUGAGUUUGAGAUCACUUACGAUUCAGUCGAACGGCUCAGGUCAGGCAAGGUUACAUAG